AUGUCGUUCAAGGAUCCCCAGUGGGUCACAAAUAGACCGAGGCUCACCGACGAUGUUCAGGAACACAGCGUGACAGCUCUAAGACCGGAUAACUUGGGUGUACACAUCCUAGUCCGUUUGACGAGCAUGAGCGCUUCCAGCAAUGCAGGCGGAAAUUCUGCGUCUGCCUCGGGCCCAUCAUCUUUACCCUCCCACCAAGUCAUGCACUGUACAGAGGAACUCCAACGAUCCUUACGGGCGCUAGCCAGAAAACGAAAGAAGAAGCCAACUCUCAAUUCAUACUCACAGACUUCCAAGCAAACCCCCCAAGAAUGUGGACUUGUCUCAGCCGCUUGCACGGGACCUUUGCCUGGUUUCAUACCUGAUCCUUUCGACGAAACUUGUGGACUAUCGGACGUCGAUAUCACACCCUCAUUGGAUGAUAGGCGGCCUCAGAAAAGACGACGUACUGCCGGAGAUCAUCUGUUACUUAUGUGGAUCGAGCACCGCUCUCUAUUCCUUGAGGAGCUGUUGCGGAUGGAAGGCAGAGGUGGCCUCCAGGAAGUUCCUUGUUCCGACUGCGGUGGUUCUUCCCCCAAUUAUCAGUGUCAAGACUGUUUUGGAAUUGGUCUUCGAUGUUCGGCUUGCAUCAUGGCCGCUCACCAGCGUCAUCCUUUGCAUAGGCUCCAGAAAUGGAAUGGUAGUUAUUUCGAACGUGCGACCCUGAAGAGCCUCGGUCUACGAAUUCAAUUGGGCCAUACAUUUGGCCAGAAAUGCCCAAAUCCUUGUCGUGCCUUCAAUGAUAACUUCAUUGUCAUGGACUCCUACGGUAUUCACGAAGUGUUAUUGGAUUUCUGCGACUGUGUGGAGGCGGAAUCUCACACACAACAACUACUUCACAUUGCCUGGUUUCCUUCAACAACGGCUGACCCCAAAACCGCAGCCACCUUUCGUCUCCUCGAAGAGUUUCAUUUGUUGUCUUUCGAGUUGAAGGUCUUGGCAUACAAGUUCUAUAGUGCGCUCGUGCGUAGAACCAACAACACCGGCUUGGCACCCGUUAAGGACCAAUAUGAAUCUUUCAUGAGAAUGAUCCGCGAAUGGCGGCAUUUGAAGAUGCUCAAGUGUUCGGGGAGAGGGCAUCACCCUAAUGGAGUGGACGCCACAGAAGAAGGUGAUUGCACCGUCCUGUGCCCAGCCUGUCCACAUCCAGGUAAAAACUUACCUGACGAUUGGGAGAAAGCUCCUCGUGUGAAACGCUGGAUCUAUGCAUUGUUCGUGGCUAUCGAUGCGAACUUCCAUUUGAAGCGCAAAAUUGUUUCAAGCAAUACAACGGACCCAAGUCUAAGUCGCGGAUGGGCUUACUUCGUUGAGGAGGGCGCAUACAAGGAGUUACUCGCAGAGAAAGUUGAUGUCCAACAAGAGAAAUCUACGUGCUCUAGUCAUAAUGCUGUUAAUAUGGCUGAUACGAAGACCAGUCGGGGGUUAGCCGCUACAGGUCUUGGCACUAUCAACUGUGCGCGUCAUAAUAUGAAGCGUCCCAAUGCCAUCGGAGAUCUGCAGAAGGGAGAAAAAUACGUCAAUAUGGACUACCUUUUUUUUCCGACACUUCGUCACACUUCCAUACAGACUCUAAACGUUUCGUAUGACAUUGCCUGCCAAUGGCACAAGAAACUCCGGCAGCGUAUGAGCGCUUUUCCUAUUUCGAUGCGCUUCGAUUUUGUAUCAAAGGUUAUUAACUUCUUUGUCCCUAAAUUCCACCUCCCAGCCCAUAUCGAAAAAUGCCAGACCACCUUCUCAUUCAAUUUCAAGCGAGGCAUUGGUCGCACGGAUGGAGAAGCUCCGGAACGUGGUUGGGCCAACAUUAACCCUGUGGCAUCCAGUACGAAGGAGAUGGGCCCCAGUGCGAGGCGUGAUACCUUAGAUGAUUUUUUCGGUGAUUGGAAUUGGAAGAAAGUGGUGGGACUCAGUACUAUCAUGCUACGCAAAAUGAAAGAAGCAUUGCCGGAGCGCGCGAAUCAACAAACCGCACUUAACGACUUGGCAGAAGGAUUAAAAGAGGAUUACGGAGGGAUUCUAGAUCAGUGGCGGACACAAGUAGAGGCCUGGGAGGAUGACCCGCUUCAGCCCAACCCAUUUGAGCGCAAUGCAGACGUCAUCACACUAGCUUCUGUUCGCCUGGCGCUCGCGAAGGAAGAUGAAAUGGAGAUUCAGAGUGGUUCUUGCCUCGCACUGCACGAGGACUGUUCUCCCAGCGUGUUGAUCAGCUCGGGGCUGGAGCUGGAGGAACAACAGCGACGUUUGAGAGCUGACAAGGCUGGGUGUGGCUUACAUGCCACAGAUACUCAGCAAGGCAAGUUGGUCGAGCGGAGUAACGCACUACAACGCAGGAUCGAAGCCUGGGUAAAGAUCCAAGCACUUUACAUGCCUAACAUUUCUGCCAUGCGACUCUCCGACCAAGCAACCUCUACAAACACGACCUCUGUACCUAGUUCUGAAACAUUCAAGUUGUGGCUACCGUCGCAAAUCGGGAGAUCGGCACCUUGUGAUGAGCGUUUGCAACGGACGGAAUGGAGAUUAAGAUUCGCACAAGGUCACGACGCUCUUCGCUCUUUGCGCUCCAGUCUCCGUGCGCAGACUGCAGUUCUCAAAUAUAAAGAUCGCAAUCUUCGAGGGCAAGGAGCCAAUACCCGGGCCCGCAGCACGCUCAAGACGAUUGAUGCAAGGAUCGAGGCUGCCGCUAGCAGAUACGAAUGUGCACACAAGGCCCUUGUGAUUUUUGGCGGACUCUUGGGCGAGGCUGGCUGGCAGUCGUCACUGCGGCCUUUGAAUUGGCAGGACAUUCGCUCAAUGUCUGACUUACUCUGGGGUGAAUCGGAGGGCAGACGAAAGUUAUCGUGGAUAUGGAACAUGCGCGGUGCCGGAGGAAGUGAAAAGGAUGAUACCGGGGGGUUAGAAGACAUGCGGAUCGAGUGGUGCAAGGCAAGGGCUCGUGCAAUGCGUUGGGGAGAAGAAGUAGAACUUCUGCGAGAAGAGAUGCGAUGCAUAUUGGUGUUUUUGAUGUGGGAGGCAGCGCGUUGGGACGAAAGGCAAGAUAGUGUCAUUCCAACCAGCUUGGAACAUCAGGAUGGACGAAUAUGGACGAUGGAUGAGAGCAGGAGAAGGGAAGAAGACAAGGAGGAGAACGAGAAUGAGAGAGAGGAGAUGGACGAUCGGUAG